GGCGGGGCUGCGGGCGCAGGCGCAGAUCUUGGGCGUCUGGGUCAGCUGACGCGAGGGGGCGAGCGAACCGAUUUAGGCCUCUCUCUGGGGUCUCUGAGACGCCGCCGCCAUGGCUAGUCAGUCGCAGGGCAUCCAGCAGCUGCUCCAGGCCGAGAAGCGGGCCGCCGAGAAGGUGUCGGAGGCUCGCAAGCGAAAGAACCGGAGGCUGAAGCAGGCCAAAGAAGAAGCCCAGGCUGAAAUUGAACAGUACCGCCUGCAGAGGGAGAAGGAGUUCAAGGCCAAGGAAGCUGCGGCUCUGGGAUCCCACGGCAGUUGCAGCACUGAAGUGGAGAAGGACACACAGGAGAAGAUGACCAUCCUCCAGACUUACUUCCGGCAGAACAGGGAUGAAGUCCUGGAUAACCUCUUGGCCUUUGUUUGCGACAUCCGGCCAGAAAUCCAUGAGAACUACCGCAUUAAUGGAUAGGGGAAGAAGAGAAACACCUGUUCCAUGGAUUGGCAUUUUAGAUGCCUUCAUGGAAUAUGAAGCUUUAGCAAGGCUUGGGUUAUAUUCUUGUGAAAAGGCAUUAAAUUAUUUCUGUAUUAUAUAAUAGGUCCCUUCACUUUUUGCAGAAUAGCAAACGUAGCUUCUUUGUACAAACUUAGAGCUUAUCCAAAGAUUUUAUCUUUUUACCUCAUAUUCUUAGAAAUUUAAUGGGUAUAUGUUGUCUGUUUUCCUAUGCCUUUUCGCGCAAGUAGCAUAUUAUCAACACUGACUUUUUCUUUCUUAGAUAUAGUUAAAGAAAUUUUUUUUUCUUAAGAAAGAAAGGGAUUAAAUAUUUUUUUUUCCCUAAAUCUUUCUUGAAGGUCAGGGGCUUUAUCUAUGAAAAAGUAGUAAGUAGUUAUUUGUAACCUAUGUGAAAGCAGCAGCCAGCCUUAAAAUAGUCCUUUCUGGUGAAGGGUUAGAACAAUGGGUACUAGUAUGGGCUGCUUUUAGUUUCUCUUAUUCAGAAUUACUAGAUGAUAGAAUUCAAGAACUUGUUACAUGUUACUACUUGGUGUACUGAUAUUGUACUAAUAAUCAUUUAAAAGUAAAGACUCA